GAGGGUUGGACUUGAAGGGAACUUGUUCACAUUGAACCGCCUAAACAGAGAUAAGCUUUCUAUAAUCUACUUGUUUGUGUGAUUCAACCGGAAUUCACGAAAAUGGCUGGGAAUGUGAGGACAUUUUACGACCUGACAGCUAAACUGCUGUGUGGAAAAGGCUUCAGUUGUUCUGCACUGAAGGGUAAAGUUGUUCUCAUUGAGAAUGUGGCGUCUCUGUGAGGAACAACCACCAGGGACUAUACCCAGAUGAACGAGCUCCACAGUCGUUACUCGACCGAGGGCCUCGUUAUUCUGGGUGUGCCCUGUAAUCAGUUUGGACAUCAGGAGAACUGCAAGAAUGAUGAAAUCCUAAAGUCCCUGAAGUAUGUCCGUCCAGGGAAUUCCUUUGAACCCAAGUUCCAGCUCCUUGAGAAAGUAAAUGUAAACGGAGAGGAUGCCCACCCCUUGUUUGUGUAUCUGAAGGAAAAGCUUCCAUUCCCCUGUGAUGAUGCCAUGGCUCUCAUGACUGAUCCAAAGCUCAUCAUGUGGAGUCCGGUCCGUCGGAACGACGUCUCCUGGAACUUUGAGAAGUUCCUGGUCAGUCCUGAUGGGGAGCCCUACAAGCGCUACAGCAGAAAUUUCCUCACCAUUGAUAUUGAGGCAGAUAUUAAAGAGCUACUUAAGAGGGUCAAGUAAAGUGUGCUACAGCACGCUGUGGGUGGCUUUAAGGGGUAUCAGUUAAGACCAGUCGAGCCAACAAGUUAAGUCAGAGGCUUACACGUUUGUUUGGGGCAUUUCAUCAUGUUUUUCUACCUUCAUAAGUCCAUUGCAACACUGUGAUGUUUCCAGUGCAGUACACUUUGGUUGUUCAGCCUAUUUACCCAAUGAAGACACUCUUUGAAACCUGUUUGUGUGUGGAGUUUCUGAUGAGCAUGUAAAUAACUGACUGCCUGACUGUAUAACUCAUGCAUUGGGUAGACUUAAAGAGGGAAAAUAAAAAAUGUAA